UAAUUACUCAAAUGCUUUAUUUGAUUGUACAGUCAUGCAUAUCAGGUGCGUAUUCUUAAUGUAAUGUUAUCUUGCUCUUAUCUUUUUGAUCUAGCCCCCGUAGCCAGCUCACUGUGUGUGAGAUACACUCAUCGGGCAGUUGUGAUCACUGGAGGAGUCCUUGCUUUUUCAGGAAUGGCACUGGGAUUUCUUGGACUCGACAUGGUUUGGAUGUAUGCAACAACUGGCUUCCUGCAGGGACUUGGGAUCUCCUUUUCAUGGAUACCAGCCAUCAGUAUUGUUAGCCAUUACUUCUCCGAGAAAAGGGCUUUGGCCAAUGCUAUAGCCAGCGCUGGGGAAUGUGCCUUCGCCUUCACCUUCGGGCCAUUCUUCCAGUGGCUGAUUGGUCAGUAUGGAUGGAAGGGUGCCCUCUUGCUCAUAGGGGGCAUCCAACUCAACAUYUGUGUCUGUGGGGCGCUGAUGCGACCGCUGAAACGGGGCUGCCUCCCGGACAGGAGCUGUCCUGACGCGGAGCUGGCGCAUGGCACACAGGCGCCCGGGCGAGGGCAAGCCAAGGGCCCUGGCGCACACAAGACCUUCAACUGGAUGCUUCUGAGGAGACUCGACUUUGUGCUCUAUGCCAUUUUUGGCAUCUUGGCCGCCAUGAGCUUUUUUGUUCCUCCACUGUUUUUAGUUCCRCUUAGCUACAGCCUCGGGAUCGAUGAGUCAUGGACUGCUUCCCUCCUGUCUGUUCUGGCCUUGGUGGACUUUGCAGGCAGGCUGCUGUGCGGCUGGUAUGCCAACCUGCACCUCACCAGAACCGUUCACCUGCUAGCAAUGACCAUCACCCUCAUCAGCACCUCCCUGAUGCUGCUGCCGCUGGCCAACAGCUACCUGUCCCUGGCAAUAUUCACCAGCUUCUACGGCUUCUUCUUCGGCACCACGGUCGCCAUCCACAUUACGGUGCUGGCAGACGUCGUAGGCAUGUCGGACUUCGACAGCGCCCUGGGGCUCUUCAUGCUCAUUCGAAGCACUGGAGGUUUCCUGGGGCCUCCUCUUGCAGGUCUGAUUGUGGACAUGGCUGGAGAUUACAGAGCUGGCUUCUAUAUGGCAGGAGCCACUCUUAUCCUAUCUGCUGUAUUUUUAGUUAUUUUGGAUCAAUUUCAACAGAGACGAGAAGAAGAAAACCAGAUUAAAACCAAACCAGAAAAAUCGGCGUUGUCCUACCCUUCUCUUCACUUCCUGAAACUUCAGAACAGAAGGUAUCAAGAGCAAGAUGUAGUAGAGUGACUGCAUGGCACAUCUUGCAACAUUUCAGGAUUUGCCAGAUUAUUUUCUUUUCUCCAGACUCAGUGUCAUUAGGAUCUGCUUAAACUGAUGAAUGUUUUUGGUAGGAAUGUAUGAAACUCAGGAAAAACAUCUUUAGUUUACAAGUAAGCAACACUCAUAACCACUGCCUUGCUCCCUUGACGAUGCAUUUUGACCA